UUGGCUAAUUGGCUUUCUAAAAAUGUUUGCAGUUCGUUCUCCAAACAAGGCCCAAAAUUUGCUGACUAAUUUUUAACAUCUGCCCUGUCAAACCCUGAGCUCAGUCAAUCCCACACUUCCGAAGACAUCCGGCCACCUAUAUCCGCCUCGAUUUUCCGGCGAUUUAUAUUGAUCUUCUGAGGAGGCGCCCGGGAGCAUUCACACAAUGACUUGCGGUUCUCAGGUCGCGCGUCACUGCAGAAAGAUAAGAAGCACUUCUAGUUUGGUAAAGCAUGAUUGCGGAGUAUCGGUUCGCUGGUUUGGAAGUGACACAAGGCUCUUGACCAGUAAAGGAGAUGAUACUUCAAGGUUGAGACGACCUCAUUUUGCAACUGGUCACAAUGAGAGUGUCUUGAAAUCACCCCAACCGACUAAAUCAAGCAUGCUGGGCUUCAAAAACAGUCAUAGAACAAUGAGUCCCACAACGGUAUCAUUUAUGAGGACACCCAAGGAAGAUGUAUCAGUGAAUUGCAUGUUACACAGCAGAAUGUCUUCAUGUUCACAGAUGCACCUGAUUAGAGGGUUUUCAGCUAAUGCAGAUCUUCCUCCACAUCAAGAGAUUGGGAUGCCCUCACUUUCGCCGACAAUGACAGAGGGAAAUAUUGCUCGGUGGUUGAAGAAAGAGGGUGACAAAAUAUCUGCUGGAGAAGUACUUUGUGAAGUUGAAACAGAUAAAGCAACUGUAGAGAUGGAAUGCAUGGAAGAAGGAUAUCUUGCUAAGAUAUUGCGUGGUGAUGGAGCUAGUGGGAUUCAAGUUGGUGAGGUAAUUGCCAUAACUGUUGAAGAAGAGGAGGACAUUGCGAAGUUUAAAGAAUAUCAACAUUCAACAUCAGAUGAUGCACCUGCACCUUCACCUGCACCUGCACCAAAGAGCCCUCCACCCCCACCCAAAGAAGAGGUUACGAAGGAACCAACCUCUUCAGAACCAAAAGUUUUUCAACAAAGUACACCUUCAUCUGACCGCAUCUUUGCUAGUCCUCUUGCUAGGAAACUAGCUGAAGAUCACAAUGUACAUCUGUCAAAUAUUAAAGGGACCGGUCUUGAGGGGCGCAUUGUCAAGGCUGAUAUUGAAGAUUACCUUGCUUCUCAAGGGAAGGAAGCUCCAUCAGCAGGACCGAAGGUUGACACAAAUUUGGAUUACACUGAUAUUCCCCAUUCACAGAUAAGGAAGGUUACUGCAUCUCGCUUAUUGCUAUCAAAGCAAACAAUCCCCCAUUAUUAUUUGACUGUGGAUACUUGUGUUGACAAACUGAUGGAAUUGCGUUCAAAGCUUAAUUCCUUACAAGAAGCAUCUGGUGGGAAAAAGAUAUCCAUCAAUGAUCUUGUAAUUAAGGCUGUUGCUUUGGCUCUUCGAAAAGUUCCUCAGUGCAACAGUUCAUGGACCAAUGAGUGCAUCCGCCAGUAUCACAAUGUGAACAUCAAUGUUGCAGUACAGACAGACAACGGCCUCUAUGUACCAGUUAUCAGGGAUGCUGAUAAGAAAGGCUUGUCCACUAUUGGAGAAGAAGUGAAGCAUUUAGCACAGAAAGCAAGAGAAAAUAGCUUAAAGCCAUCUGAUUAUGAGGGUGGCACUUUCACUGUAUCCAAUUUAGGAGGGCCGUUUGGCAUUAAACAGUUUUGUGCAAUAGUUAAUCCUCCUCAAUCAGCCAUUCUAGCAGUGGGAUCUGCUGAGAGAAGAGUUGUACCUGGUUCUGGUGCUGAGCAGUUUAAGUUUGCCUCUUUGAUGUCUGUGACAUUAAGUUGCGAUCAUCGGGUUAUCGAUGGUGCUAUUGGCGCAGAAUGGCUUAAAGCAUUUAAAGGCUACAUUGAAAACCCUGAGUCUAUGUUGCUGUAAAUUGGCAGUUACUGUUUUUCGCUCGUUUCUUUUUCACGCAAAGAAAACACAUUUAUUCAAAACUGCAAAGUUGAUGUAUUUGCCUGAUUUUAUUAUAGCUUAUUUAGAAGCCCUGUGCCUGGAAGGCUAGAAUAUGAUUGAUUUCAUUUCGAAUAAUGGGUCCAAAGCAUGAAUCCCCCAAAAACCUUUGGAUUUUGCAGGAUGAUAUAGGGACAUUCUUUUUUACGAAGAAUUUAGUUGCUAAUUAUCCCUUUUAUACUGUGAAGACCUUGUCAGGCUUAACUUAGUUUCAUGCAAUAAGUGAAGCUGGCCGUGUACAGCAAUAGUUGUAUUAUCGCACUUUUUGAGAGGGUUUAUUGAGGAAAGUACAAUUCAUUAACUGCUUGGAAGGAUGUCAUUCUUGCUUUUGGGAAUAUUAUGAAAUGUGUCUUUUUCUACAUUUUCUAUUUUGGUCUC